ACGUCAAACCGAAAUUGCAAAAUACAUCACCUCGACAGAUCGAAGUUCUUUGUUUUCAUUUUAAAUUGUUGAAAUUUAAACAUUACGAGUAAAAUAUUGUUUAGAAAAUCGUUCAAUACUGUUCAUUUACAUACGAUAUAAUCGUUCUUAGACACGUUAUACUGUUUAACUUGUCAAUGACGUAAUAGAGAUGAGUGAUACAAAAUCUUUCGUCAACUUCUCGUGUCAGCGCUGUUUACAGCCUCUCAAGUUAGACGAGUCUUUAAAUAACUUAGGUGAGCACACUAUUGCUGAUUUAACACUUCAAAUACGUCGCAACAAUGAGGUCGACUUGGAUAUGCAAUCCACGAGCUUGGAGCACUAUGUACCUCCUUUCCGAAUGUCAGAGUCAGGAAACGGCGCCAAUGGCUUCAUGGUUAUCUCCGACGGCUGGGAAACCACAUCCCUAGGCCACCAGCUACAUGUCAAAGCUACAUUAUUCGAUUUACUGUCGAAUAAUUCAGAUGUAGACCACCCACUGUGCGAUGAGUGCACUGAUACUCUUCUAGAACUUAUGGACAACCAAUUAAGACAGACAGAGGCUGAAUGGAAGGACUACAACGAUUAUCUAAAGAAGUUAGAGGAUGACAAAGAAGAUCUUAACUUAGAAGGACUUGAAAAAGAGUUAGAAGAUUGGAAGCAAGAACAAAGUAGGUUGUUACAAGAGUUGUCUGCUCUACAGAAAGAGGAAAGAGCGAUGAAAGAAGAGAUAGAUAUUCAGGAAAGAGAGAAAGAGAGGUUAGAAAAGGAGCAGGAUGUUUACUGGAGGGAAUACACAAGGUAUCGGAAAGAUUUAAUGACAAUUGAAGAUCAGAUGAAGUUUUAUGAAUGUCAGUUGGCGUACACACAGUCACAACUUGAGAAGUUAAAGAAAACUAAUGUAUUCAAGGCUACAUUCCAUAUUUCUGAUUCGGGACAAUUUGGUAUUAUAAAUAACUUUAGAUUGGGAAGGCUGCCAUCAGCUCCUGUAGACUGGUCUGAAAUUAAUGCUGCGUGGGGACAAACCGUUCUUCUGCUUGCAUCGUUGGCAAGGAAAAUUAGCUUUAAUUUCCAACGUUACCGGUUAGUACCAUACGGUAAUCAUUCCUACAUAGAAGUAUUGGAAGACCAGAAAAUAUUACCAUUGUACGGUUCUGGUGGUUUUCGGUUCCUAUGGGAUACAAAAUUUGAUGCCGCAAUGGUAGCAUUUCUUGACUGUCUACAGCAAUUUAAGGAGCAAGUUGAAAAGGGUGAUACGGGUUUUUGUCUUCCAUACCGCAUAGAUAAGGGGAAGAUAGAAGAUACUGCGUCACCUCCGCAUGCCUAUUCUAUUAAAAUACAGUUUAAUUCAGAAGAACAUUGGACUAAAGCUCUAAAGUAUAUGCUGACGAAUCUGAAGUGGGCGUUGACUUGGAUUUCAUCACAAUUUAGCGAAGAGAAAUUAGAAAAUCAAUGAAAGAGUUUCUUUUUAAGAUAGGAUAUGUAUGUAUCCUAUUUACUUGAGAAAA